AUGGUCACAAAAUUCGUGAUAUCAGUAUUAGCUAUUGCUCUAUUCAACGGCGUGAAAGCCCAGGGCUGCCAAAACCCCCAAGUCGAAGCUGCUUCAUUCACAAGUUUAGAUGCAACGAUAGUGACACAAAUCGCUUACAUUACGGAAUUCACAUUAAAAUGCGAUAAUCCCUUGCCUGAAAACUACGCGCUGUACGCUGAAGUGGAGGGAAAACCGUUGACCGCUGCUCGUAUCGGUGAAAACAAAUAUCAGGUAUCAUGGACUGAAGAGCCAUCGACUGCCCGUUCAGGGGUCCAUGAGGUGAGGGUCUUGGACGAGGAGGGUUGGGCGUCUCUGCGCCGCGCACGCCGCUCUGAUCCCAAUGCAAACGUAGCUCCUCUCCUGGCCAUCCAACUUCAACACCCAGGCAGCUACUCCGGACCCUGGGUGAACUCGGAGGUGCUUGCCACUGCCCUCUCAAUUCUGGUUGCUUACAUUGCACUCCACCACAAGAGCAAAAUCUUAGCC